GUAAAUUCACACGUUGCUUAGUCAUAAAAAGUGUCAAAUGUUGGACUGAAAAUUUGUUCUUUAUUUUUUAGAUAAAUGAAAUUCCGUCUUCGCUGUUUUGUUUAAAACGUGUGUUUCCACUCGAGCUGUAAAAACCGGGGCACCUGCUUUCGCCUCUUCCUGUGCCGAUCCUCGUGCUUCAAUCUGUUUACAGCGGCUAAUCUAAACAAGCUAGCUCCCCAGUGGGAAACACCGGCGUCACAUCGCGUUUCUUACGUUUAUUUCCCAUGUGUCUCCGCUGACAUGCUCCUGUUCUGUCCAACCUGUGGGAACGUGUUGAUCGUGGAGGAAGGACAGAAAUGUAUGAGGUUCGCCUGCAACACUUGUCCCUACGUACACAACAUCACGAGAAAGGUGAAUUACAGGAAGUUUCCCAAGUUGAAGGAGGUGGAUGAUGUCCUCGGUGGAGCGAAAGCCUGGGAAAAUGUCGACUCAACUCCUGAAACUUGUCCCACGUGUGGUCAUCUUCGGGCGUAUUUCAUGCAGAUUCAGACCAGAUCAGCAGAUGAACCCAUGACCACUUUCUACAAAUGCUGCAAUAUCCAGUGUGGACAUCGAUGGAGAGACUGACACUUUUGCACCUUGAACAUUUUCAUGAAGAGGCAUAGAUUACUCAGUUUGGGGCCUUUAUUUAUCAGCAACAGGCGCUUGCAGAGAUCUUUUUCAUUUUUCUGUUGUUUCUAUUCUGUGUAUAGAAACAGCUAAUGGACCAUUAAAAUAAGUUUCAAUGGAAAAUCAUAUUCUGAUUUUUAUUGAUAAAAUAUCACCUGUAUACAACAGUCAAACAAAUGUUGACUUACAUAGUUAAUACAUAUCACAGACAUUUAGAGAGCAAUGCAGACCAGCAUUAUCCACAACAAUGGCAUACAGUACUUUGUAUUAAAAGUUUAAUGCAAUCCUUCAACUCUACAUAAAACUUCUUGCACAGCUUAGCUUACCUCGAGAGGGAAAUAAAAAUCAAAUGCACGGAUUCAAGGAACUAGCCAGUGACAAUUAAUCAUUUUGAUGUGUGGCUCAUGCAGACUAACUCUGCACUGAACGAAGGUGAACUGCAGAUCAGGCAUGCUGUGGUGGAACAUUGUUUGAAUUCGUCGCAGUGGAAUCACAAUCCACUGCAAGAUCAAUCAUUUUUGCAAGAUGUCUGAUAACAGUCCUUUGACACUAGCAGGGAUUCAUUUUCUUUUGUAAUUACAUUAAUAGUCAACAGACAUCUGUGGUUGUUAUCUAACAUGCAUCAGAGAAGUGCAGGUUUUCUUGAAUGGCUGAUUGAUGGCGCCACCACUGUUGUUUUCUUUGCCCGCCAAAGAUUCCUUUUUAAACUAACUACAUGUUUGGCAGCAUCAGUGAGAAGAUGGAAACAUUUGGCCAAAGGACACGAGAUUACUCGGAUCAUGCAUUGUGUCUCCUAACGGUACAAUCCUUGGUCUGCAGCUCUAUUUUAAAUUCUACUUUAGCCUGAAUAAGUGCAUGUACAGUGGAGUUCACUGAGCAAACCACUAAGCCAGGGAAAGCCAAAAUUUGACACUGCUUAUACUGGUGCGAUGACAUUGUAAAUCACAUUUCUUUCCUCUCAGGAUUUGCAGACGUUCAUAGCUAAAGAAGGGGGGGAAAUGUGAAUCUCAACUUAAAGUGCAAAUGUUAGCUCUAUUAUCGAAAAUGGACAGAGGGCGUUCAUGUUUAAUAGUUUAACUGUACAUCACUCGACAUUUUGUGACUGCUCACUGAAGCCCAGGUUAAUAAAUAUAGCAAGUAACAUCCAUCUUGGCCAAAACAAGCAAAUAUAGCCAGGUGACAAAUUAAAGAGAAAAAGCAGAACAAUGGGGGUUUCAGGGGACACUGUGUGGUUUGAUUAGGAUAAAGCACCCAUGAGUGACGUGUUGGACAGCACUGUCCCUCACAUUCAUCAAAAUGAGGGAUGGUCUUUUAGAGGAAUGGUGUUUAAUCCCUCCAGUAGAUUCAUGAAGCUGGUGGUACAAGGGGGCCAAACGUCUUACUGAGACACUUGUGUGUGUCGGUUAUUUUUCAUUUAACGUGUCACCAGUCUACAUGCACUUGUCGAGAUGAAAAUGGCUGGUUAAUUUGCUCACAUUCACAACAAAAAAGGUAAAACUAGGUCUGUUAGAAGAAAAUUCUCAGACGAAAUGGACAAAUGUUCACAGCUGUUAAGAUUAAUUUGCUAAAAUAGUGGAUAAAAUUUCUGAAAUAAAUAAAAGAAAUUAUUGUUUUCUCAGUUUGUUUGACUUCAACACGCUUGCUUCCGAGAUUCACAGAUGAAAGAUUAAAACAGAUUCAAAUAAAGAACCUGACCAUUUUCAAAGUUUUCUCUAACUGAGACUGUCAACCUAUCGUUUGUUUCUGGUUCCAUUUGGAUAGAUAACUUUAACAUCACAAGUCUCCUCCCAUGUUUCCACACAGGAUCAGAUGCAACUGCGUGCCUUCUGCUUUUCUACGUGAAUGUUUCAGUGCCCUACAAUCCUGUGUGUAGCUCUGUGGGAGAUUUGUACAAUUGAAUUGCAUCUUUAUACA